AAACUUCUCAACGGAAGUGACAGUUGGAGCUAGUUUUAUUGUUUGUGUCCGUAUCUGUUUAGCUAGUUAUAUUUUUGGUUUUAAUGAGUAAACCUUAUUUAUUUUAAUCUUUGCUGCCGGUAUGGCUAAAGAGGAAGAGACACAUUGGUCGGAUGUUCUGAAAAGGAGGCUGGCUGGCUUAAAAAAAGAUUCGAGGAACGAAGAGGAGAAGAAAGCAGAAGAGACGGAACUUUUCACCAAAUAUUACUCAGAAUGGAGAAGCGAAGUGGGAACAGAUGAGUCCUACAAGACCAUCCCACGGUUCUAUUAUAAGCUUCCAGCAGAAGAUGAAGUUCUGCUGCAGAAACUGAGAGAAGAAUCCAGAGCUGUCUUCCUGCAGAGAAAAAGCAGAGAGCUGCUGGAUAAUGAAGAACUUCAGAAUCUGUGGUUUCUGCUUGAUAAACAUCAAGUCCCGCCAGUAAGUGGUGAUGAGGCGAUGAUAAACUAUGAAGCCUACCUUCAAGUAGGGGAAAAGGCAGGACCAAAGUGCAGGAAUUUUUUUACAGCAAGAGUGUACGCCAAGCUGCUCAGCAGUGACCCAUACGGCCGAAUAUCCAUCAUGCAGUUCUUUAACUAUGUCAUGAGGAAAGUGUGGUUGCAUCAAACCCGAAUUGGUCUGAGUCUGUAUGACGUGGCGGGACAAGGCUACCUCAGGGAGUCUGAUCUGGAGAACUACAUCCUGGAACUGAUUCCCACUCUGCCCCAGCUAGACGGAUUGGAGAAAUCCUUUUACUCUUUCUAUGUCUGCACAGCUGUUCGCAAGUUUUUUUUCUUCCUUGACCCGCUUCGCACCGGAAAGAUUAAAAUCCAGGAUAUUUUGGCCUGCAGUUUCCUGGAUGACUUGUUAGAGUUGAGAGAUGAGGAGUUGUCUAAAGAAAGCCAAGAAUCCAACUGGUUCUCAGCUCCGUCGGCUCUCAGAGUCUACGGCCAGUACCUGAACCUGGACAAAGAUCACAACGGCAUGUUGAGCAAAGAAGAGCUGUCCCGCUACGGCACGGCCACCCUCACUUCAGUCUUCCUGGACAGGGUGUUUCAGGAAUGUCUCACCUAUGAUGGAGAAAUGGACUAUAAGACCUAUCUGGACUUUGUACUGGCCCUGGAAAAUAGGAAGGAGCCUGCAGCAUUGCAGUAUAUUUUUAAACUUCUGGACAUGGAGAAUCAGGGAUACCUCAACGUCUUCUCCCUGAACUACUUUUUUAGGGCCAUUCAGGAGCAGAUGAAGCUGCACAGUCAGGAGCCUGUUUCUUUCCAGGAUGUGAAGGACGAAGUCUUUGACAUGGUGAAGCCUAAAGACCCCUACAAGAUCACGCUCCAGGAUUUGGUGAACAGCUGCCAGGGGGACACAGUGGUCAGCAUCCUGAUCGACCUCAACGGAUUCUGGACCUACGAAAACAGAGAGGUGCUGGUUGCCAACGACAACGACGGCAGCAAUAUGAUUGACGUUGACGACACUUGAAGAGAAUCUUGAUCUAUACUGGCGGCAGCAGGACUGCCACUCUUUUAUUUUUUAUGGAGACUGGUUUACAGAGAAGUGGAUUGUGUAAAAAUACUUGUGUAAAGAAAUCAUUUGUAUAAAGUUAUUCUCAAAUUACA